AUGCCUUCAGCAGUUCCAGUUGCCCAAGCUGGAUUAGGACGACGGCUAGCACAACAGUCAUCCUUGGCCAAGCUUGCCAUGAACAACCAUCUCGGUUCCUCGCCACCAAACUCGCUCUCGCCCACGAUUUCCGAUGCAGACCACCAGCUUGCCGUCCAGAAGCUCAGCGACGAUGUAGCCUUCACACAGCCUCUGGCCCCUACGUCGGCUCCCUCCUCUGCCAUGGCCAACAUUAUGCGCGCCACCAAUGACUUGACUGACACGCCACCCUUUCCACGUAGCGUUGGUUCGACGGCGCCGAGCUCUCCGCGAAUCCCUCCCCAUCGUUCAAAUUCUGGAAGCCAAACGCCCCGAGUCCGUCCUCACGCCACCACCCUCAACAUCCCUGGCAUGACGAGGUCCCGUGUCUCUCCCGACGGCCGAAUCCCCCAUCGCGAUGUUGCCGCCAAGCUUGUCAUCAUCAUGGUCGGCCUGCCUGCCCGUGGCAAGUCCUACAUCACCAAGAAGCUCCAGCGCUACCUCUCGUGGCAGCAACACGAGUCCAGAAUCUUCAAUGUCGGCAACAGACGGCGCAAUGCCGCCGGAAUCCGUGUCUCGGUGCAGCCCAAGCUCACCCCAGAGCCAUCUCGCCUCGACGGGCCUAUCCACGCUGCCUCGAUUCUCCUCAACGGCCACCCUGCGCCAAUGCCCAUGACCGGCGCCGACGACACGCCCACUGACCUCGACCUGAACAACACUGAAGACCAAAUGGACCAGUCUGCCAAGUUCUUCGACCCCAAAAACGAAAGAGCUGCUGCUAUGCGUGAGCAGGUUGCCAUCGAGACUCUCGAUGAACUGCUCGACUACCUUCUUAUCCAGGGCGGCUCCGUCGGCAUAUUCGACGCCACCAAUAGCACUAUUGCUCGCAGGCAACACAUUGUCAACCGCAUCAGAGAACGGGAGCCCAAGCUUGGUAUCCUAUUUAUUGAGAGUAUUUGCAGAGACCCUCUGCUUUUGGAGGCUAAUAUGCGCCUCAAGCUCUCUGGCCCCGACUACCGCGACAAGGACCCCAAGAAGUCCCUCGAGGACUUCAAGAACCGUGUUGCUGCUUACGAGAGCGCCUACGUCCCACUUGGACAGUAUGAAGAAGAAAAUGAUAUGCAAUACAUUCAAAUGGUUGAUGUUGGCCGAAAACUUGUCCAGCACAGACUCAAAGGUUUUCUCAGCGGUGGAAUCAGCACCUACCUGUCCAGCUUCAACUUGGCGCCCCGCCAGAUUUGGAUGACACGACACGGCCAGAGCGUUGACAAUGAACUCGGCAAUCUUGGUGGCGAUUCGCCGCUGACGGAGCGCGGCCACUGCUACGGCGAGUCACUCUAUCGCUUCAUCACACAGAAGCGCAAGGAGUGGAUCAUGGAGCAAACCAGCAAGAUGGCGCAGGCUUCGUUCCCGCCGGUUCCUGGCGACAACACUCCGCCCUAUCCAGACAUGAACAGAGAGCUGGACGAGAAAAACUUCUGCGUCUGGACUUCUAUGCUUCAGCGCAGUGCCUCGACGGCCGAAUACUUUGAGGCAGACGAUGAUUACGACGUGAAAAACUGGGAGAUGCUCAAUGAGUUGAAUACUGGUCAAUUCGAAGGCAUGACUUAUCAGGAAAUUGCCUCUAAGCACCCAGAGGAAUUUCACAAGCGCUCCGAGGAUAAGCUCAACUACAUUUAUCCCGGUGUUGGCGGUGAAGGCUACCUCCAGGUUAUUAGCCGUCUCCGUGACAUGGUCCGUGAGAUUGAGCGCAUCACUGAUCACGUCCUCAUCAUCGGACACCGUUCCGUCUGCCGUGUUCUGAUGGCCUACUUUAUGGACCUGACUCGUGACGAUAUUACCGACAUGGAUGUUCCCCUUGGCAUGCUCUACUCCAUCGAGCCCAAGCCAUAUGGCAUUGCCUUCCAUGCGUACAGAUACAAUGAGGAGCAAAGCUGGUUCGACGAGCUCCCCAACUACAAGCCUCAGAAGGCGGCGCGCGGCACAGUCUAG